UUUCUCGGCUUUCCAACGAGCAACAUUGUUUUUGUCACGCCGCUAACAAUUUUUAGUUACGUUCCCGAUGUCUAUUUCUUUGUCUUAUUCCAAUUUCAUCAUUACCAGACGCCACCCUUUGCAUUUCAUGAUUAAAGCUACAAAAUAUAUUUUGUUAAUCAACUUAGGUGGAACGGCAUUUGGAAACUCAGCAGACGCACACCAUCAAUCUUGCCACUAGAGAAACCGAACCCUAUUUAUCACUUCAUUUCUAAACUUAACCACUAAGCGCUCUUCUCUCAGUUCCGAUUCCCAAACGCAGAAUCCACCAUGUUGUUUCCCCACAGCCCCACCGACCACUGCUGUGACGACCACGACCACGAUGAACGACGCACGGCUUACCCUCCGCCGGGAAACACCUUCCCCAACCCUCACCAACAGCCACCCCCACCAUUCUACGGCGCUCCUCAACCACCGCCCCCUCAGUCCGAUACCAACCUGUUCCACAUCUCUCACGUACCGCCACCAGGACACGUGUCGCAGGAUUUCGGCCACUCAGCUCCCCCUUCUCACCACCACCAUCAUCAUCAUCAUCAUCAUCAUCACCAUCAUCACCAUCAUUAUCACCAUCAUGAAGAUAAGGGGUUCUCCCACGGGUACUCCCCUGCUCCCACUGCAGCUGAUUACCCCCCUCCUGGAACCACCUCCACCGUUCACCACGUGGCUCACGAGUCCCACCACCACACCCCUCAUUUUUCUUCUCACAAUGCUCCCAGCAGCACCACCACCGUGACCCACGUCAGCCACCGGAGCAAACCCACCGUGAGGGUUGUCACCAAAGCUGCGCCCAAUUUCUCUCUCACCAUUCGUCAUGGCCAAGUCAUUCUCGCACCCUCCGAUCCCUCCAACGAGUACCAGCAUUGGUACAAGGAUGAGAAGUACAGCACGAGGGUGAAGGAUGAGGAGGGGUGCACUGCUUUCUCUUUGGUCAACAAGGCCACCGGUGAGGCCUUGAAGCAUUCCAUUGGUGGCUCUCAUCCAGUUCGGCUUAUAGCUUACAAUCCCGAGAUCCUUGACGAGUCCAUUUUAUGGAGUGAGAGCGGAGACCUAGGUGAUGGGCACAGAGCGAUAAGGAUGGUGAAUAACAUUCAUCUCAAUGUGGAUGCUUUUAAAGGUGAUGAGAAAUCUGGUGGUGUGCAUGAUGGCACUACAAUAGGCCUCUGGGAGUGGAACAAAGGUGAUAACCAACAGUGGAAGAUCUUACCUUACUGAGUAAAAUUAACGGAUUUGAAGAUGCUGAAUUAAGAGGACCAUUGGCCUCUGUAUCUGAGUGUUUUGUUUGUGCUGAUGACCAUAUAUUAAUAUGGUGGUGUAGACAGUUCGUGUGUGCCUCUAUAUAUCUUUGUUUCAUCUGUCGCUGAUAAUUAUUUAACUAUUAUUUCAACUACAAUGUGGCUAACCAUUAUCAUGGGUUUUCAAUGUUUCAUUGUCUUAAAUUACUCCUGUAAUUUAGGUUGCUCGUCGAGGCACUUG